UCUCCCUUGUGACGCAAAUUUUCAGCGACUGCGCCGCGCGCUGUUUCGAAGCAGGCUUUGGUUUUUAGCUCCAGCAGCUUCGUUCUUGAAACUUUUGAUAUUUGUUGGAAUUUCUCUUCCGCUGAGCAGGACGAGAGAAAUCUCACCGCUGGAAUGUUCACCCCCCGCGCCGCCCCGAGCUCCGGCCGCAGGCAGCAGGGCAGAAGCGGCGUAAGGAAGAGCGCGUCGUCCGCGGCCUCCAGCCUGCUGUUUAUCCCGCGGAGGACGCCGCUGUCUGCGCGGUCAACGCCCACUCGGGUUCAGAGCCAUUCAGGUACAGAAUCAAUCCACUACGACGUGCAAACCUUCGGCUCAUCGCUGCCGGUCAAAGUGAUGGAGGCUCUGACGAUGGCUGAUGCUGAAGACCAGAUUUCGGUGAAGGUGGAUGAGAGCGGUUGGGCCUGGAUGGUUUGUGGAGAGAGACUGAUCAUCUGGAAGAUCUGCCAGACCGCUGUGGCCAAGCUGUUGGUGUGUAAGGAGCUGCAGCUGCCCAGCAGCGAGUGCGACUACACGGCCGACCUUGUGGCAGUGACGUCUGCUGCUCGCCUGGAGACCGCCACGGUUCAGUCCAUCUCUGUUCUCGCCAUGUCUGCGGAGGGAACGGCGCGCUUCUGGCCCAGUCUGACCCAGGAAGGAAACUACACAGAGAUGGACGUGGACAUGGAUGACCUCUGCAACUUCGUUGUUGCUGUCAGAGGUGGAAGCUUCGUGUUGUCAUCAGUCCGGCGUCAGCUCCUGAGAGUGUUUGUGGAUUCUUCGGGGAAGCUGCAGCACCGGGCCCUGCAGCAGGGUCAGGGCGUUCUGUCCGGCAUCGGGCGCCGUGUCUCCAGUCUGUUCAGCAUGCUGUCUCCCCCGGCCAACGACACUCUCCACAGUGUGCUGUGGGUGGGUGGGGCUUGCUGCCUGUACACGCUGACCAGCUCCAGUCUGUGUAAAUGGGAGGUGGGCGAGACCUCAGAACACCAGGUCAUGAGCUGGGAUGCCCGGCGAGCGCUGACUGACAUCAUCACCGAUGCCAUUUGGGGUUCAGAGAACAACAGUGAGGAGCUGAAGGAAGACGCAAAUGUGACGUACCUGGACAUGAAAGUCAGCCAAGCAGGUCUGGUGGUUCUGGCUGCAGCGUGGAACCCGUCCGACACACCCUGCCUGGUCUACUUCUGUCUGAUUACCCUGCAGGAAAGUGGAGCGACCAUCUCUGAGCAGUUCACUGUGGAAGUCACCAAGUACAACCCUCCAUUCCAGAGCGAGGAGGCGCUGCAGGCCACUCGGCUCGUCUUGCCGCCGUCCCCCGGCUCCACAGCCUUCCUCUACAAUGAGGAUCUGGUCUUCAUCUGCCCAACAGGCUCUAGCGCGGCGAGACUGCCUGAUGAGAAAAUCGCCUUCAACUCAGCUGGUGAUGGUGUUCGUGGAGCAGGCUGUUGUGCCAAUCUGCCGGUGUUUUUCUCCCAGAGCAGCGGCCUUGUGGCGGUGGUGGCAAGAGAACGUGCUUCCAUUUUUCCGGACUCCAUGGAGGACUCGUUUUGCUCCUCACUGGCUGCUGCUCCAGACGUUUCAUCCAUGGACACUCUGAGCAGAGCUGAGCCGGUUCCUCCAGAGGACAAAACCAAAUUCUUGAAGGCAGCUUUCCUCCAAUUCUGUCGUAACGAUCUGGUAGGAGCGCAGACGGUCACUGACGAGCUUUUCCCCGCGGACGGUGACGUGGAGGAGGGAGCCGAGUUGGACAGCGUGGUGACACGCAUCGACCUGGACCUGGUGGAUGAUUACCCAGCUUCAGACCCCCGCUGGGCGGAGUCUGUCCCUGAUGAGAGCGGCGGCUUUCCUCUGACCUCCCUCAUCAUCCUCCAUCAGCUGGAAGACAAGAUGAAGGCCCACGGCUGCUUCAUGGACUUCUUGCUGCAGGUGGGGCUGCUGGAGUCGGCUCGGCCACACAAACUGUGCGUUUCAUCAUCGAUGGCCACGACGGCUGUUACUGUGGCGAACCGCCGAGAAGCUGCAGUUGCCGUAUGCUUUCGUGCUGAAGAAGACCACCCACAGCUAACAACACCGAGUUGGUCAACCGGGCAUCGGCCGCCGCGCUGCAAAGAAAUGACAGCAGGCGGUCCGCCCAGCCUCACCGCCGCCGACGUCUUCUUCAGAGAGGUGUCUCGAGAUCCUCCUGCAUCUUCGAGUGUCUCCUGGAGGAGGAGGAGCGGAGGUCCUGAAGGAGAACCCAGUGGACUCGGUGCAGUGGGGCUGAGGUCGUCCUCACCGUUAAUAACCAUCAUAAAGGACAUGCUUCAGACCGCUUGCCAGUACAGAGAAACAAAAGCUUCCAUGUACAGAGCGUCGGAAAAUGCUGCUGCGGAGCCUGAGUACGUCCCGUGGACGGCGUCGUGCGCAAUGCGCACCGUUCUCUCCCGCCAGCAUGACAUCGUCCUGCGCUUGGUGUACCCCCACGCUGACUCUGAGCUGCGCAGUACCCUUUGUGAGCAGCUGGUGGCACUGUUGGACAUCUAUCUGGGAGGCUAUGUGGCCCAACUGACCUCCCUGCAGCAGCAGCGCCUCCCAGUGGUCCAACAGGAGCGUUACAGCAGCCUGGAGAUGGAGUACAGUCAGCGCCGCUCUGAGCUUCUGGCCCCGUUAUUGGAGCUCGGUCAGUACCAGUGGGUGGCAGCAUUGGCUGAGAAGUACUGUGACUUUGACAUCCUGGUUCAGAUGUGCGAGCAGACCGAUAACCAGAGCCGCCUGCAGCACUACAUGACCAAGUUUGCCGAUAAGAACUUUGCAGACUUCCUAUUCCGCUGGUACAUGGAGAAAGGGAAGCGAGGGAAGCUGUUGUCCCAGCCGGCUACUCAGCACCAGCAGCUCUCCAGUUUCCUGCAGGCGCAUCAGCACCUGAGCUGGCUGCACACGUGCACGUCCAGGACUACCAAAGUGCGCACAGGACUCUGUACAACCAGGCCGAAAUGGAGACACGAUACUUUGUGAAGAAGAAGACUCUGCUGGCCCUCAGUAAGCUGACGGCGCUGGCCUCUGACGUGCCCGACCACGAGAUCAACAAACAAGUCGACGACAUCGUGGAGCAGGAGCGCUUCCUCCUGCAUCAGGAGACGCUGCCCAGGACAGCUGCUGGAGGAGAAAGCAGCAGAACCUCGACACCAUGCCGCUUCUGAGCGCCC